AAAAUCCUUAUCUUCAGCAACAAGAAGGAUUGCCCUGUCAUGCCAAUGCAAUCGACGGAUUAUUUGGUGAUGUGCUGGGUAGCUGAAAGGUUCCUUGGCAAUGUUGAUGACAGUAGGAGCUUCCGCACUGCAUGUGAUAGAGGGUAUGCCAUAUUGCGGUAUCUAACAGAUGUGUCCCUAUUGCAAACAGGUAAAAGGAUGGAACAUGUCCAAGUGAACAAUGUGGUGCGACAAGUUGCACUUCAUAUUUCCUCAGAAGAUCUUGACAAUAAAUUUCUAAUUGGAAAUCAAACUGGAACUUCACCUAUUCCUCAAAGGGUGAGUGAUUGGGAACAAGCAACAAGGAUCUUUAUGAUACAUGCAAAACUAGAGGACUUGCCAAAUUUUCCAAGAUGCAGCAAGUUGUUGUCACUACUUCUACAAAGGAAUCCUGACUUGAGAGCAAUUCCUCCAUCAUUUUUUGAAAAAAUGCAGAAGCUUCUGGUUCUCAACUUGUACAAAACUGGAAUAAUGUCCCUGCCGCAGUCCUUUGAAAAAAUGACAGGACUUAAAGCACUUUUUUUAAAUGAUUGUACCAGCCUAACACGCCUGCCUCUCCAAAUGAGACAACUUAGUCUUCUUGAGGUGCUUGAUAUUCGCGGCUGCAAGGUAACCUUCAUACCACCUUUUAUUGGAAACUUGGUUCAACUAAGGUGUUUACGGGUUUCAUACUAUAAACCAACCAUGAUGAAUGGCUAUGAAGGAAUGGAGACAGAUUACAAUGUGAUUUCAUGGCUUUUCAAAUUGGAGGAACUAGUAAUUGAUGUGAUCUCUUAUGAUCAAUGGCACAUUGAGGCUACAAAUGUUAUCAAGCAUGUUGCUUCCUUGGAGAGGUUAACUUCUCUCAAGAUAUGCUUUCCAAAACCAGAGGUCCUUUGUGCUUUGAUGAAAAGCAGGCCAAAUUGGCAGGGUUGCGAAGAACUAGUCUCAUUUUGGUCUUUUAUUGGUUGCCAAAACUGUCAUCCUCUUGAAAUUCUUGACCAUUUCAGUUAUCCAAUAGGUAGAUAUUUGAGAUACGACUACGAUGGACAUCAUAUUGGCUCCUCCAUUUCUAAUAUGUUUCCUGAGAUAGAUGCAUUGGAAUUGAUUGGCCACAACAACAUUUUAUGUUUCUCAAACUUCAUGCAAGCACCAUGCCUCAAUGGAGUUGUUGGUUGCCUGGUUGAACGAUGUAGCAACAUGGUAACCAUUGUUGGUGGAAAUAAUGCAGGAGGCACAAACAUUCUUCCAUCUUUGGAACAACUACAUUUAAGGAAUUUGCUAGAUUUGAAAAGCAUUUUUGAGGGGCCAUUGUCAGAAGGAAGUCUAUCAGAAUUGCAAACAAUAACAGUGAAAGGUUGCCCUAUGUUGACAGAGAUAUCCUCAAAUGGCCUAAUUCAACAACUGCCAAAACUCACAAGAUUAACAAUUGAGAGCUGUGAUGGAAUUGAGCAAUUGAUUCAAGAGUUUAGUAGCAGUGGAGCAAUGCGAAAUCUCGAGGUCUUGGAAUUAGCUGACAUGAAAAAAAUUAGAAACUAUAUGUGCAGAUGAAUCAUUGGCAUGGCCCAAGUUAAAGGAGCUUCGGAUACACCAGUGUAAAAAGCUGAAAAGACUUCCUUUCAACAGAGAAAAUGCGGCAGGGUUAAAGUUGAUCGAAGGGGAACAAGCAUGGUGGGGUAACUUGUCAAACGAGGAAUUCAAGGAGCACUUUCAAUCCUUUGGCAUUCUCAGGUUGGGUGUUUAAUUAUUUGAAGCUGUGCUUAGGAGAAAAGUUGGAAAAACGAUAGGAAGCUGCAUCUGUGUAUGGCCAUUUUGAAGCCUAAUCAUUAGUUUCACCUUUCUGUCAUUUCUGCUUUCUCAAUUUCAUGUCCUGUUUUAAUGAUGUUUCUACUAUGAUUUUUCAAUUAGGAAUUUGUUCAGACUAAUCAACUUACGAUGUUUUCUUCUAUGUGUAGCUUAUGGUGUUUUAUCUGAACAACUUGUUUGGAGAUUCAAUAUAUACUUAUUGUAAUGGUGUAGUUCAGUUGUUGUUAAUCA